AUGCCCUCCUGGGCCCUCUUGGUGGUCAUCUCCUGCCUCCUCCCGGCCCCCCAAAACCUGGCACAAGUCACCAGCCAAGAUGCCUCCUUGCUGGCCUCGGACUCAGAGGCCCUGAACUGUUUCUCCCGAACAUUUGAGGACCUCACUUGCUUCUGGGAUGAGGAAGAAGCAGCGCCCAGUGAAAUAUAUCAGCUGCUGUAUGCCUACCAAGGGGAGAAGCCCCGUGCCUGCCCCCUGAGUUCCCAGCGUGUGCUGCCCUUUGGAACCCGGUACGUGUGCCAGUUUCCAGCCCAGGAUGAAGUUCGCCUCUUCUCUCAACUGCACCUCUGGGUGAAGAACGUGUUUCUGAACCAGAAUCUGACCCAGCGGGUGCUCUCUGUGGAUAGUGUGGGCCUGCCAGCUCCCCCCAGCCUCAUCAAGGCCAUGGGAGGGAGUCAGCCAGGGGAACUUCAGAUCAGCUGGGAGGCCCCAGCUCCCGAAAUCAGUGAAUUUCUGAGGCAUGAACUCUGCUAUGGCCCUAAGGAUCCAAGGAACUCCACUGGUCCCACAGUCAAACUGCUGCUGUCCACAGAAACCUGCUGCCCAGCUCUGCGGAGACCAAACCUAGCCCCGGCUCUGGACCAGUCUGCAUGUGCUCAGCCCAUGAUGCCCCAACAGGAUGUACCGGAGCAGACCUCCACAACUAGAGAAGCUCCAUCUCUGACAGUGAAGGGUGGAAGCUGCCUCAUCUCAGGGCUCCAGCCUGGUAACUCCUACUGGCUCCAGCUACGCAGCCAACCUGAUGGGGUCUCCCUCCGUGGCUCCUGGGGAUCUUGGUCCCUCCCUGUGACCGUCGACCUGCCUGGGGAUGCAGUGGAAAUUGGACUGCAAUGCUUUACCUUGGACCUGAAGAAUGUUACCUGUCAGUGGCAGCAACAGGACCAUGCUAGCUCCCAAGGCUUCUUCUACCACAGCAGGGCAUGGUGCUGCCCCAGAAACAGGGACCCCGUCUGGGAGAAGUGUGAAGAGGAGGAGAAAAAUCCAGGAUCACAGCCCUCCCAGUUCUCUCGCUGCCACUUCAAGUCACGAAAUGACAGUGUUAUUCACAUCCUUGUGGAGGUGACCACAGCCCAGGGUGCCAUUCACAGCUACCUGGGCUCCCCUUUCUGGAUCCAUCAGGCUGUGCUCAUCCCCACUCCAAACUUACACUGGAGGGAGGUCUCCAGCGGGCAGCUGGAACUGGAAUGGCAGCAUCCAUCACCCUGGGCAGCACAAGAGACCUGCUAUCAGCUCCGAUACACAGGAGAAGGCCAUCAGGACUGGAAGGUGCUGGAGCCGCCUCUCGGGGCCCAGGGAGAGACCUUGGAGCUGCGCCCGCGCUCCCGCUACCGUGUACAGCUGCGCGCCAGGCUCCACGGCCCCACCUUCCAUGGACCCUGGAGCGCCUGGUCCGACCCAGUGAGGGUGGAAACCACCUCCGAGACGGCCUGGAUCUUCUUGGUGACCGCUCUGCUCCUGGUGCUGGGCGUCAGCGCCCUCCUGGGCCUGCUGCUGCUGAGGUGGCAGUUUCCUGCGUACUACAGGAGCCUGAGGCAUGCCCUGUGGCCCUCACUUCCAGACCUGCACCGAGUCCUAGGCCAGUACCUUAGGGAUACUGCAGCCCUGAGUCCGCCCAAGGCUGCAGUUUCAGAUACCUGUGAGGAAGUGGAACCCAGCCUCCUUGAAAUUCUACCUAGGUCCUCAGAGAAGACUCCCUUGCCCCUAUGUUCCUCCCAGGCCCAGAUGGACUACCGAGGAUUGCAGCCUUCUUGCCUGGGGACCAUGCCCCUGUCUGUGUGCCCACGCAUGGCUGAGACAGCGUCCUACUGCACCACUCACAUCGCCAACCAUUCCUACUUACCACUCAGCUGCUGGCAGGCCCCUCGCGCCCAGUACCCUGGACAGAUCCAAACCCUCUAGUCCUUCCUUCUGAACUUCCCUACCCACCGCAUCCCAACAACACAACCAUCUCAGACCUCACGUCCUUCCCGGUUGUCUACCCUCCUAGCUGGGCUUCAUAACACUGAUCUUUCAGUAGUGCUGCUGACAUAAAUCCAGGACAAAGCUCAUUUGACUUAGCUCCUCUAAAUUUCACCUCCUUUCUGUCUCCUCUUUAAUGCCAAACUCCUUGAAAAGGAGUCUCCACUUCCUGACUCCCAUUUACUCCUCAGACUACUUCAAUUCAUUCCCCUACUACCACUCUGCUAAUGAAACUACUCAGGCAAAACUCACCUCAAAUUUUUCUCAUCACAAGAUCCAAUCAGAUUUUGUUAAUUCUCAAUCCAUUUGAUCUCUCUGUUGUCAUUUGUCAUGGUGGCUACUCAUUUCUCCUUUAAAUUCUCUCCUCCAUGGCUUGCAUACAUCACCAUCUCUCCUGGCUCUGCUCGGGCCUCUCUGAGUAUACCAAUAGUUUACAGCAUAAGCUCUGGAGUCAGAGCUGGGUUCAAUUCCUGUCUUUCCCACUUGCUAGCUGUAUGGGCUUGAGCAAAUAACUUAAGGCCUUUGAGCCUUAAUUUUCUCAUCUAUAAAACAGGGAUAAUAACAGAACCCCAUAGAGUUGUAAAGAGCAUUUAGUGAGAUAAUCUAAGUAAAGCACAGUAACUAGGACAUAGUAAGUGUUUGAUAUGUCUAAACUAUGGUAAUUAUUCCUUCCUAAUCUUAUCCUGGAAUCUCUUCCACUCCUUAAUUACUGCAGUCCCUCAAGAGUCCAUUCUUAACAGUCACCAAUCCCAUCCGCUCUCAUUGCCUUUCCUAUAUGCUGACCAUUCCAAAGUUCUUAUCUGCAGCCCAGACUUCUAACAGCACCUGUAAUGGUUUAUGCAAGUAACCGUUUACAUGUCUGUCUUUUGUUACUAGAUUGUGAGCUCCUUGAGGGCAAGGGCUGUGAUUUAUUUGUCUUCCCUCCAACCCCCACCCCCCAGCACCUGGAGUAGUGCUUGGUGCAUGGUAGUAGGCCUUCAAUAAAUGUUUUCUAAAUGAAGGAAAUCUUUCUGGACAAUGCGGCCUUAACCCCAUGCCUCUCAUCCUCUCUGCCAUUCAUAUGCAGCAGUAAAUGUGCUUAGGCCAUUCUGAUUAUGGAUUCCCCUGACCCUUUCAAAUUCUCAAACAAACAGUAUUUUUUGCUGACUCCGAAUAUACCCAGUGUGUCAGUCAGGGUCUUGGCAGAAAUAGAUGACACACUCAAUCUGGGUAUCUGGAUGAGAGUUUAAUAAAGGGCAUAUUUAUAAAGAUGAGGCAGGAUUUAGGAAAACCAUCAAGGAAUAGUGCAGUACCCCGGGGCUAACAACAGUUGGGAGCUGGUACCCACCGCACCCCACCCUGGGCAUCAAGGGGUAAUGGGAGAGAGUAGUUAUGAGACAGGGAGAGAGUAGCUACAGAGAGGGCCGCCUGGCAGGAGCUGUGGCAGAGAGCUACAGCCAACCUGUGGGGAUAUGGCGGGGACGGAGCCAGGGGAACAAAAAGCUCAUGUCUGCUCUCCUCUUCCCCCAACCCUCACUCUCUGAUCUCCUGAUCUCCUGCAUCUGCCCUAACAAAGUACCGCGAACUUGGUGGCUUAAACAACAGACGUUUUUUAUCUCUUAGUUCUGGAAGCUAGAAAUUCAAGGUGUCAGCAGGGUUGGUUGCUUCUGAGAGCUGUGAGGAAGAAUCUGUUCCAUGCCUCUCCCCUAGCUUCUGGGGGUUUCCUGGCAAUCUUCAGUGUUUGGCUUGUAGAAGCAUCACCUCCAUCUCUGCUUUCAUCUUCACAUUGUGUUCUCCCUGUGUGUGUCUGUGUCCAAACUUUUCCAUUUUACAAGGACACCAGUCAUACUGGAUUAGGGCCCAACCAAAUGACCUCAACUUAACUAAUUAUACCUGGAGUGACCCUAUUUCCAAGUAAGGUCACACUCUGAAGUACUGGGGCUUAAGUAUGCAACGUAUAAAUUUUGGGGGGGAGAGACACAAUUUAACCCAUAACAUCCUCCCAUUGGUGGAAUACAAACAGAAACCAGAGCCCAAGGGAAUCCAUUGACGCAGGCCAUAUGAGUCAGCCUCACAGGGCACACGGCAGAGUAGAGGAUGAAGAGUGGACCUGGAUGGGACAAAUGGAUGACAUCUGGUAUACUCACUUUCCAUAAUUCCUUCCCCAAGCCACGUUCAAGGCUCCAGCUCUACUCCUAGGGACUCAAAACUAGGAUUGAGAUCCAAACCACUAAACCUCUCACCUUUACACCGAUUCAGCCGUCAUGUCCUGACCCCUUUUACUUACUAAAUUCGGCCUCCUCUUCUCCAUCUCCACUGAGCUAUUACUACAGCCUCUACCUAAUAUCUCUGCCUCCAGUCUCUCUCCCUAAAUCCAACCUGUAUGUUGCCUCCAGAUUGAUCUUCCUGUUCAUCUCACUCCUUGCUCACUCCUUACCUCUAAAUCUUUAGCUUGACUCUUCAGAACUGAUCUCGUUCUCUUCUACUAUUUCCCUGUGUGAGGAUUAACGGUGUUAACACAAUGCCAUGCAUAUAGUAAAUAGUGUUUACAGGGUUAUCUUUUUUUAAAAAUUAAUUUUAAAUUUAU